ACUAUGUAACCAUUCACAUAAAAGGGGCUAAAAUCUAUCGGCCUCUAUUCUAAAAUAUUUAUAGUUGGAUGAGAUGCGUAAUAAUUUUUUUAGAGUUGACGACAAGCAUUACAUUGUAUGCCCUGUGUGUGGUUGCUUUAUGUCUCAAUUACGAUUCCUUACAGAAAUUAUCUGCAACAGACACUGAAUGAUGCAGUAGGCAAGAGGAUUGUGAUAGAUUUUUUGGGGUUUAACUGGGACUGGAUUAACAAGCAGCAAAAUGGUAACAACUGGGGGCCUUUGACAGCUAACUUGUUACUUAUUGGACAAGAAGGAAACUACACACCAGUCCAUUAUGAUGAGCAACACAACUUGUUUGCACAAGUGCAGGGCUGUAAACGUAUCUUUCUUUUCCCACCCAGCCAGUUUGAGUGUCUUUACCCAUACCCUGUAUACCAUCCAUGUGACAGACAAUGUCAGGUGGACCUUAGGGCUCCAGAUUUUGAUCGUUUUCCCAAGCUGAAGAGACUGAAAGGAUAUGAAGUGAUAGUCAAACCUGGAGAUGUAUUGUACAUACCCAUGUAUUGGUUCCAUCAUGUAGAGUCCAUAAUAGGAAGUGGUAUCACAACUUCCAUAACUUUUUGGUACAAGUCAGGGCCUACAGGCAAGAUUGAAUAUCCACUUAAACCGCAGCAGAAGAUGGCUAUGAUGCGGAAUAUUGAAAAAAUGAUAACAGAAGCUUUGAACAGUUCAGAAGAGGUUCCUCCUUUCAUGCAAAACAUGGUGUUAGGAAGGUACACAUAGCAGUCCAUGCCCACUGCAAUAACUCUGUUGAACAGUGUUGAAUUUGCCUUGUGAGUUUCAAUUGGAUGACAGCCUUGUUGUUCUGAGAGUAACUUUUUUCUUUGUGCAAAAAAAGUAUUGGACACUGGAUAUGGAGUCAUGGUCAUGGAAUCACAGGUGCCAUAAUGCUUUUGUAUCGUGUUUGAGGAUUUAGGCAACAGAAUGAAGACAUCCCCAUAAUUAUGCUUUAAAAGCAUUAAUCUUAGUUACAUGCUGUUUUGGAAGCUGGUGAUGGAAACAUGCUGUGCGUAGACGACAUAAUUACUUUCGUAUUACGGAAGUGUGUACACAGUAAGAGUGCUGUUCUGUGUGUUCAGAAUAACCCAUUGCGCUCAGUUUAGCUUGAGCUCAUGUAUGGAAUCAAGCUCACGAGAAAGGGGAAAAGGAGCAAGAUUCAGAGGUUGUUUUGAAAGCAGUCAUCCAUCAAUGAAAAUAAAAAGGUCAUGUUGUAGACUGUUGGCUGCUUGUUUGUUUGAAUCAAUUUAUUAAGGCAGCUCUUUGUUUGUUUGAAUCCAUUUAUUAAGGCUAUCCAUCAUCUGCUUGAUAUUGGCUUCAUUCUAUUUUAGUCUGUAAUACUGUAACAAUAAUGAAGCUUAGUACACAUGCUGCUUUAAUAUUUAUUCCUUCCGCAGGUCAUCAUGCCUUAGCUCUAGGUUCCAAUAUAAUGGGGCUUAGAAAGAGGAAGAUGUAUAUCGCCUUUGAAUCACAGUACCUUGGGGUAAACAUUCCCUUAUUGUCUGGUUGUAAUCUGUUUUAAUAGGUUAGACAGAGUGUGGUCAGGCCACUGUGGCGAAGCCUGCAGUGAUAACCCAUAUGUGGUUAGCAUACAUAUUCUCAGUUUUUUUUAUGUCCAUUUGCCAUAUUGGUUCUUAGAUUUGUUUACUUGAAAUAAUUUGUAAAAAAUUUAUUGAUGUUAAAAAUUGCAGAGAAUCAUUAAAAAUGAAGCUGCAUAGCAGGAAGAGGUUUUUUGAAAAUGUGUUUAUUGCAAAUUAGGAUUGUCACUGAAAUGUUAUGGUGAAAAGCAAGUUGUCACACUCAAAAACAAGGCCUACAAGGCUUCAGCCAUAACAUAUACAUGUAAUAAAUGAUACUUUUGCAUUAGUUUUCUUCACCAUUUCAAUGCUAAGACCAACUUUGCGACAUGGAGUUUUUUCUAUGUUCAAGACCUCAAUGUGUUAGUUGAAAAAUUCCAAGAAAUACAGAAGACGGAGUAAGCAAAGGCAGGUUCCAAAUUAUGAAAGUUAGUAGACCAGGGGCAAGCUGUCAGUGUCCAGCAAACAAGAAACAGUUNCU